AUCAUCCUAAAGUUCCAGCACCGAAGUCGAUAUCACCAGGUCAUUUAAUACCGCGAGUUCGUCAAAGCCUGCUACCUAAUUCCGCGUAUCAUGCGUUGGAUAGUUCAAUCCCCGAGGGGGGCCGACACCUCACCUUUAGAGAUUCACAUCCGGUCACCACAACAAGGAAGGCCAGCCAGUUGCCGUCAGCCUCUUCUGAAACUGGAAUCUCUCUGUUGGGACUGUUUACGGCCAAGAUGAUGUCUCGCAAACUUAUGUCGACGCUUCAGCCAAACCAACAGGAGGGGCGAAGAAGUAGUUCACUCAGAAAAAUAUCUUCAUUCAGCUCGGCUUCACUCACCAUGCGCAUCAAACCGCCAACCUACCAGCUGGGGCCCACCCAGUUGUUUUCCACAGAGAUGAUUAGGCCAAAGUUGGACAGCAUGGUAGCCUCCAGGGUGCAAAACUACCCAACUGAUUACGACCAGUUCAGGGCGGCAAAUCUUUGUAAAAGUCUGGCCAACGAGAUCAAAUUCGUUCUACGGUCAACUGGAUCUGACAGAUACCGUUAUGUGGUGUUUUGCAUGAUUCGACAACGUUCGAAACAAAUGGCUGGAUGUGCAAGCCGAGUCCUGUGGGAUGCCAACACAGAUCGAUCCAUUUGGGGAGAGUAUAUGACUCCAGCUAUACAUUUUCUAUAUGUCGUGUACGCGAUAUACAAAGAAUGAAUGUGCACUAGUCGGGAUACAACGGUGGUGCCCUGGAUUUUCGGGACAAGUCGUUAUGGAGUUAACAGUACUCAAAAUUUGCACAAAUUGACCCCUGCGGGACGCGAUGUGUCCUUGGUUUAGAAGUGAUCUAUCUUAACAAAAUGGGAGAGUGAUAAAUAAAUAGCUCUGCC